AGACAUUAUGGGUUAAUAGAGGAGCCACGAAGGAGAAUAAUUCGAAUGCUGUUACAACACGAAAUGCUUAUUGUAGAAUUAGCCUGUUUCGGAAUACUGUCCACAACUAGUGCUGCUAUCUAUAUUUCUUUGCAUUUCUCGUCUUCUGUGAUUAGUGGCCCAGUACAACAAGCAUCAGGGUCGAGUCAAACGCGUGAACUUGAGAAGGCCUUUAACGUCUCGUUUCGAGAUCCUGUCGGCUAUCUACGUGCACUAUGUCAACGGAUAGGUCAAGUUGCAAACGCUGAUGACCACUUCAAUUACUUGACUAUCGUCCAGUCAUCGGGGUAUGGAAAGACAAGGGCAGGUUGUGAACUUGCGGCUGAAUUCCCCUUUAUAUAUGUCUGUUUUCGCGAAAGUGGUUCAACUGGAUACCCUCCGGCCACCCCGAAGAGUAUGGAUAUGCUAAGAAACAUAAAAGAAGCAAAGGAUGUAGAUGAAGCUGAAGUUGUGGCACUGAGCUGGAUUCGAUCGAUCAUCUCGACGUUUCAUGAGAAAAGAGAAGAAUUUUGCAAGAAGCAACCGCAAGAGAAAUAUCAACAAGCGUUGUUGAAAGACCAGCAACAAGCCAUAGAUUUCUGGAAUGCUGUUGAUGCCAAUCGUGGAAAGGAAGAG